AUCAGUAGAAUCCAGAGAUAAUGAGUUUCUCAUGAUCCCACUUCCUGCUGAUAACAGAUAAAGGGCUGAUGUGAAGUGAAUGACGGUGUGCUUGUGUGUGUCCUCCAGCGCGGCGACUACAGACGAGGAGCGACAGCACCUGCAGGAGGUGGGUCUGUUCCACCUGGGAGAGUUCGUCAAUGUGUUCUCACACGGGUCUCUGGUGCUGCAGAAUCUGGGCGAGAGCUCGACUCCCACACAGGGCUCGGUGCUGUUCGGCACGGUCAACGGCAUGAUCGGUUUGGUGACGUCGCUGUCGGAGAGCUGGUACAGUUUACUGCUGGAUCUACAGAUCCGACUCAACAAAGUCAUCAAGAGCGUCGGCAAGAUCGAGCACAGCUUCUGGAGGUCGUUCCACACGGAGCGUAAGACUGAGCAGGCCACGGGCUUCAUCGACGGAGAUCUGAUCGAGAGCUUCCUGGAUCUGGGUCGUGUGAAGAUGCAGGAGGUGGUCAGCACGCUGCAGAUGGAUGACGGCAGCGGGAUGAAGCGCGAGGCUACGGUGGACGAGGUGAUUAAAAUCGUGGAGGAGCUGACACGGAUCCACUAACCCGGCCGAGCGUCACACAUCUGUACAGAACUAUGCAUCCAUCAGAGCGCACACGCGUGUGUGUGUGUGUGCGUGUGUGUGCUUCAGCCGCGCUCCGCUCUUCCUGUGCUUGUCCUGAAGAUCAUCCCUGUCUGAAGAUGGAGCGAUCCUGAUUCUGCCAGCACUGAUCCACUGUAGCUUUAGUCAAGUCAUUGUGAUGUCUCUCUGUUUGGCCAUUUAUUUUAAUAAAGAUUCCUUCGGUACUUUGGA